CCUCCUCCACCUCCCUUCCAUCCUCGCCAAGAUGCCUGCCCCCAGCGCCUUCAUCCUCCUCGCGGCCGUCUCUGCCUCCGGCUGCCUGGCAUCCCCGGCCCACCCCGAUGGAUUUGCCCUGGGCCGCGCCCCUUUGGCUCCCCCAUACGCUGUGGUCCUCAUUUCCUGCUCUGGCCUGCUGGCCUUCAUCUUCCUCCUCCUCACCUGUCUGUGCUGCAAACGGGGCGAUGUCGGUUUCAAGGAAUUUGAGAACCCAGAAGGGGAGGACUGCUCUGGGGAAUACACUCCGCCAGCGGAGGAGACGUCCUCUUCACAGUCUCUACCUGAUGUCUACAUUCUCCCACUGGCUGAGGUGUCCUUGCCUAUGCCUGCCCCACAGCCUUCACAUUCAGACAUGACCACUCCACUGGGCCUUAGCCGCCAGCAUCUCAGCUACUUACAGGAGAUUGGGAACGGUUGGUUUGGGAAGGUUAUCCUGGGGGAGAUUUUCUCCGAUUACACCCCAGCUCAAGUGGUGGUGAAGGAACUCCGAGCCAGCGCGGGGCCAUUGGAGCAGCGCAAGUUCAUCUCCGAGGCCCAGCCAUACAGAAGCCUGCAGCACCCCAACAUCCUCCAGUGCCUGGGCCUGUGUGUGGAGACGCUUCCCUUUUUGCUGAUCAUGGAGUUCUGUCAGCUGGGAGACCUGAAGCGAUACCUGCGGGCCCAGCGGCCCCCUGAAGGCCUGUCUCCUGAGCUGCCACCUAGAGAUCUGCGGACGCUGCAGAGGAUGGGCCUAGAGAUCGCCCGUGGGCUAGCGCACCUGCACUCCCACAAUUACGUGCACAGUGAUCUGGCCCUUCGCAACUGUCUGCUGACUUCUGACCUCACCGUACGCAUUGGAGACUAUGGUCUUGCCCACAACAACUACAAGGAGGACUACUACCUGACCCCGGAGCGCCUGUGGAUCCCACUGCGCUGGGCAGCGCCCGAGCUACUAGGGGAACUGCAGGGGACCUUCAUGGUCGUGGAUCAGAGCCGCGAGAGUAACAUCUGGUCCCUGGGGGUGACCCUGUGGGAGCUCUUUGAGUUCGGGGCGCAGCCUUAUCGCCACCUGUCGGAUGAGGAGGUCCUCGCCUUCGUGGUCCGCCAGCAGCACGUCAAGCUGGCCCGCCCGCGGCUCAAGCUGCCCUAUGCCGACUACUGGUACGACAUCCUGCAAUCUUGCUGGCGGCCGCCUGCCCAGCGACCCUCAGCUUCUGACCUCCAAUUGCAGCUCACCUACCUGCUCUCCGAGCGGCCUCCAAGGCCACCCCCACCCCCACCCCCACCUAGAGAUGGCCCCUUCCCCUGGCCCUGGCCCCCAUCGCACACUGCACCCCGCCCAGGGACCCUGUCCUCUCCCUUCCCCCUUCUGGAUGGUUUCCCUGGGGCUGACCCAGACGAUGUGCUCACGGUCACCGAAAGCAGCCGAGGCCUCAACCUCGAGUGCCUAUGGGAAAAGGCUCGGCGCGGGGCAGGGCGGGGUGGAGGGGCACCCCCCUGGCAGCCAGCAUCUGCACCUCCAGCACCCCAUGCCAAUCCCUCAAAUCCCUUCUAUGAGGCCCUGUCCACCCCCAGCGUACUUCCGGUCAUUAGUGCACGAAGCCCUUCUGUGGGCAGCGAGUAUUAUAUCCGCCUGGAGGAGCACGGCUCCCCACCUGAGCCCCUCUUCCCUAAUGACUGGGACCCCCUGGACCCGGGAGUGCCUGCCCCCCAGCCCCCCCAGGUCCGCUCGGAGGUCCCCCAGCUGGUGUCCGAGACCUGGGCCUCGCCCCUCUUCCCGGCACCCCGGUCCUUCCCGGCCCAGGCCUCGGCCACAGGUGGUUUUCUCCUGAGCGGCUGGGACCCCGAGGGCCGGGGCGCCGGGGAGACCCUUGCCGGGGACCCUGCCGAGGUACUGGGGGAGCGGGGCACCGCCCCAUGGGCCGAGGAGGAAGAAGAGGAGGGCAGCUCCCCGGGGGAGGGCAGCAGCAGCCUUGGGGGUGGACCCAGCCGCCGUGGUCCCCUCCCCUGCCCCUUGUGCAGCCGCGAGGGGGCUUGCUCCUGUCUGCCACUGGAGCGGGGAGAUGCUGUAGCUGGCUGGGGGGGCCACCCUGCCCUGGGCUGUCCCCACCCCCCAGAGGACGACUCAUCUUUGCGAGCAGAAAGGGGUUCCCUAGCAGACUUGCCUAUGGCCCCCCCUGCUUUGGCCCCCCCCGAAUUUCUGGACCCCCUCAUGGGGGCAGCCGCCCCCCAGUCCCCCGGGCGGGGGCCCCCCCCCGCCCCCCCCCCCCCGCCGCCACCUCCCCGGGCCCCCGUGGACCCGGCCGCGUCCCCCGACCCCUCGUCGGCCGUGGCCAGUCCAGGCUCGGGCCUGUCCUCACCGGGCCCCAAGCCAGCGGACAGCGGCUACGAGACGGAGACCCCUUUUUCCCCCGAGGGAGCUUUCCCAGGCGGGGGGGCAGCCGAGGAGGAAGGGGUCCCUCGGCCGCGGGCUCCCCCCGAACCCCCCGACCCGGGAGCGCCCCGGCCACCCCCAGACCCCGGUCCCCUCGCACUACUGGGGACCCGGGAGAAACCGACCUUCGUGGUUCAAGUGAGCACCGAGCAGCUGCUGGUAUCCCUACGGGAGGACGUGACAAGGAACCUUCUGGGGGACAAGGGGGCGGGGCCCAGGAAGAUGGGGAGAGGCCCCGGGCACAGAGAGACAGCCCCAAACCCCACAGUCCUGGGCGGCAGCCCGAAAGCCCCAAGCCUGAACGAAGAUCUGAGCCUGCCCGUGAACGGGGUAACAGUGUUGGAGAACGGGGGUCAGAGACCUGCGGACAUCGACAAGACAGUGGCAGAGAAUGGGGACCUGGGGGCCCCCGCGAGAGAAGAGAAAGUGCUGGCGAAUGGGGGGCUGACACCCCCAAGGAAGGAGGAGGAGUUGCAGAAUGGGGAGCUGAGGUCCCCAGAGGCCAUGGAGAAAAUUCUGGUGAAUGGGGGACUGACAUCCCCAAAGAGCGAGGAGAAGGUGGCAGAGCAUGGGGGCCUGAGCCUCCCCAGGAAGGUGGACAGGCCACAAGAGACUGGGCCUUGGAGAGCCCUGGGGCUCUGGGAGAAGACAGCCGAGAGUGGGGCACCAGCCCCCACGAUCGGGGAGCCAGCCCUAGAGACCCCACUGGAGACAGCCCCCGAGCCCGGUGCAGCCUUACCGGGGAACGACCAGGAGAUGGCCCCUGGCCCCACUGGCCCAGCCCCCAGGAGCGGGGUGCCAGACCCCGGGACUCAGAGGAGAGCUCCCGAGACUGGGGGGGCACUGAGAGCCCUCGGGGUUGGGAGGCUGGACCCCGGGAGUGGGGGCCGAGCCCCGGAGGGCACGAGGACGGCCCCCGGCGGCGGCCCCGGAAGCGGCGUGGACGCAAAGGCCGCGUGGGCAGACAGCACGAGGCCACAGCCGCCACUGCCACCCCUGCCACCUCCGGAGGUCCAGCAGAGGAGGCCGGAGCCAGUGCCCCCGAAAGCCAGACCGGAGGUGGCCCCCGAGGGAGACUCCGGGGCCCCAGACAACAGGGUCGGCGGAGACAUGGCACCCAGCGGAGACGGGGACCCCCUCAAGCCCGAGAGGAAGGGCCCCGAGAUGCCACGACUGUUCUUGGACUUGGGACCCCCCCAGGGGAACAGCGAGCAGAUCAAAGCCAAGCUGUCCCGCCUCUCGCUGGCGCUGCCGCCCCUCACGCUCACCCCAUUCCCGGGGCCCGGCCCACGGCGACCCUCGUGGGAGGUCGCGGACGCCGGGGCGGCUGGCGGGGAGGCCGGCGGGGCGGGGUCGCCGGGGCCGGCGGAGGAGGACGGGGAGGACGAGGACGAGGAGGAGGAGGACGAGGCGGCGGUGGACGCGGCGGGGCCGCUGGGCCCCGGGAGGGCGCGGGCAGCCCCGGUACCCGUCGUGGUGAGCAACGCCGACGCGGACGCGGCCCGCCCGCUGCGGGGGCUGCUCAAGUCGCCGCGCGGGGCCGACGAGCCCGAGGACAGCGAGCUGGAGAGGAAACGCAAGAUGGUCUCCUUCCACGGGGACGUGACCGUCUACCUCUUCGACCAGGAGACGCCAACCAACGAGCUGAGCGUCCAGGGCCCCCCAGAGGGGGACACGGACCCAUCAACGCCCCCUGCGCCCCCGACACCUCCCCACCCCACCACCCCAGGAGAUGGGUUUCCCAACAACGACAGCGGCUUUGGAGGCAGUUUCGAGUGGGCGGAGGAUUUCCCCCUCCUCCCCCCGCCAGGCCCCCCCCUGUGCUUCUCCCGCUUCUCCGUCUCGCCUGCGCUGGAGACCCCGGGGCCACCCGGCCGGGCCCCCGACGCCCGGCCCGCAGGCCCCGUGGAGAACUGAUUCCCCGAAGACCAGAUCCCCCAGCGCCCCCAGAAGAGGGGCUGAGAGUAGAAACCUCUGUGGAUGACGGAGCUACUGCCACCCCUGCAGACGCCGCCUCCGGGGAGGCCCCUGAGGAGGGGCCCUCCCCUCCCCCCACCAUGUGCCAAAUGGGAGGCCCUGGUCCCCCACCCUCCAGCCCCCCAGACGACUCUCCUGACCCCCCAGAUCCCCUCGGUGCCAAAUGAGGCAGGAAGCCCCUCGUCGCCACCCCCCAGAGCGAGCCUUGUCGGAACUGAACUCUUUGGGGCCUGGAGCCCCUGGGCACAGCAGAUGCCUUUCCUCACCCACUCCGGGCCCCAAUUGGGGGGGGCGGCUGCAGGCUUUGGGGACCUGGACUCCCCCCAUCUCUCGUCUUCCCUUCCCCUCCCCAGCCCUGCCCUUGGAGGGGCUUCUGGUCCAAACCUGUGCGUGGCAUUUUCACAUUAUUUAAAAAAGACAAAACAACUUUUUGGAGG